AUGCUUGCAAAGAAUCGGCUGCCUGGAAGCGGCCACACUACUCCGUCUCCUCCGGCGUCUCCUCGCCGUUCUCCUCGUUACCGUCACGGCCGGUCGAAAGCCGCGGGUCGAUUUCCCACCGUUCAGCCAAGUCGGACCCUCGCUCAUCGCCUCUCCUGGAUCCUCUUAUCGGUUCUUCUCCGGCGUCAGGGAAUUUUCCUCUUCGCUCCUCUAAUCUACAUCUCCUGUAUGCUGCUUUACAUGGGCACGGUCUCGUUCGAUGUUGUUCCCAUCAUCCAGCGUAAGCCUCCGCCAGGAUCCGUCUACAAAAGCCCGCAGGUUUACGCCAAGCUCCGCCCUGAGAUGGACGCCGAUAAUUCCACGGCUGAUGCGAUAUCAACCAUUUGGAAACAUUCAUACAAAGGUGGGGAGUGGAAGCCAUACGUGAACACGUCUAGUGGAGCCUUGCCCGAGUCAAAUGGUUAUAUAUAUGUUGAGGCAAACGGAGGCUUGAAUCAGCAGCGGACAUCGAUAUGCAAUGCGGUUGCUGUGGCAGGCUAUCUUAAUGCAACUCUACUAAUUCCCAACUUCCACUAUCACAGCAUAUGGAGAGAUCCAAG